AUGGCUGUCCUCUGGGUGCUGUCCUGCCUGGCCUUCGUUAGCACAGCCUGCAGUAAGACACUGCUGUUUCAUUUGUGCUCUAUGAAGCUGAAAAAAACAUCAGUUAAAGUAGAGAUCUUCAUGCCUGGAGGUCAUUCUCUGGCACAUUCUCCGUUUUCUGGCUGUGGGGAUCCUUCCAUCACUCUGGUCAUCAGCAGCUACUCUAGGAUAGUUAAUAGUGAGGAGGCAGAGCCUCGUUCCUGGCCCUGGCAGGUGUUGCUUAAAGCAGUGCCCAAUCCAGAGAUCUACCACCUUGAGAGCUCAGAUCCAACACAAGGCCCAAACCAGCACAACACUGGUCUCCAUUUCUGUGGUGGCUCCCUGAUCAACGAGUGGUGGGUUGUGACUGCUGCUCACUACAGUGUCAGUUCUCUAAAUAUGCUGGCAUUCAAGAAUAUCAGUGACUCCACAGUGGAAAUCACAGGGCCGUUGUUGAGGGGGGAUCUUCAUGCACCCCAAUACGACAGCUUCACCAUCAACAAUGAAAUUCUGAUCAAACUUGCCUCUCCUGUCCAGCUGAACCCUCAUGUGUCCCCUGAGUACUUAGCUGAGACCAGCGACAACUUUUCUGAUGGUAUGAAAUGUGUCACCUCUGGAUGGGGCUGGACCAAACAUAAUGUAUCUGACACCCCUGCUCUGCUCCAGCAGACCAUUUUGCCCCUGCUGACCAGUGAUGGCUGCAGGCAUUAUUGGGGCUCUCAGAUAGCAGACAAAAUGAUCUGUGACGGAGCAUCUGGAGCCUCCACCUGCAUGUCUGACUCUGGUGGUUCACUGGUGUGUCAGAAAGCUGGAGCUUGGACUCUUGUUGGCAUGGCGUGUCCUGGGGAAGCAGCAGCUUCCUGUGUCACGGAGUUCCAUGACUGGAUAAACUAG